UUCAGACUGUUGUCAUUAAUGUCAUUUUCUGCUAUGAAUUCAUAACCUCAAAUUUCUUAUUUUAAAACAAAUAAGUGACUGUAUUUAUCAAGCUAUUGACUCAGUAAAAUCAUAAUCAAGAGUUACAUUUUCUAUUUUUUACUAUGUCAGCAGCAAAAAGAGUCCAGCAAUGGGCAACUUUUGCGAGAACCUGGCACAUUUUUGAUUGCAAGUGGCAAGAUCCGUACCAGUCUGCUGAAGUUAUAAAAAAAUAUUUAAUGGGAUUGCAUAAACCAAUUUAUCACCCUAUGAAUGAUUGUGGAGACGUGGUCGUUUGUAUAAAUAGUAGAGAGAUAGCUCUCCGUGGCAAUGACUGGCGCCAACGGGCAUAUUUCCAUCACACUGGAUAUCCGGGUGGUGCGACAUGGACCUUAGCUUGGGAAGUUCACAAUAAAGAUCCAACUAUGAUUAUUAAAAAAGCUGUAUACAAAGCGAUGAGAGGCAACCUUCAAAGACGUCACACUAUGCAGAGGUUAUUAAUUUACCCUGGUGAAGAAAUUCCAGAAGAUAUAAUGCAAAAUGUGUCAAAUCAAAUUCGUCAACUUCGUUUAGUUCCAACUAGACUUGAUCAUAUUUCCGAGGAAGAAGUCAAAAAAUUCCCGAAGGUCAUGGAUUAUCCACAGGAUUAUGUGCUUAAAUAAAAAAAAAGGAAAUUAAUGUAAUUAUAAUAAUUAGUUCAUAAAUAAAGUAGAUAUUGAAAUGCCA